AAAGGUGAUGUCGUUCUUCAAGUUCCUUAUAAAUCAGCACAUACCACUGAAGACAUAUCAGCAGAAAUUAAAGACAAAUAUCCAGACUGCAGCGCUCAGUCAUACUACGCUUUAGAGAUCGCCAAGAGUAUUCGAAAGAAGGAAAGGAAUGUGUGGUGCUUCCUUGACGAGGUCCCUGAUAAGCUUCUACGAGAUAGUAUUAUAACUUGGCCAGAUAGUCUUAUCCAAGCUUUGCCUAAACAAACCAUCCGCUCAGCGACGGAUCUCAGAGCCGCUUAUAAAGACGACUGGAGAGAAACCGAAUCGAGUCAGAAGAAAGGGGGUCUUGACAUUGAGCAAGAGGAGUUCAAGCGGGCCUGGAUAGUCGCUCAGACAAGAAUGCUUGCCUGCGAAGGCAGUAACGGGGAAGCGAUCCAGGCCAUGCUACCAUUGGCAGAAAUGUUUAAUCAUGCAUCCGACGGCUGCCAUUUAGACUUUGCUGAUAACUUCUAUGAGUUCAGAGCAACUCGAGAUUAUAACUCUGGGGAGGAGGUCUGUUGGAAUUAUAAUCCGCAAUUCAGCAAUGACGACUUAUUAUCCUGCUAUGGCUUUAUUGAAAAGAAUAAUAAGAAAGACUAUUUCAUCUUGGAUGAUUUUAUUCUUAGAGAA